UUGUGGGUUGAAUUCAGCUGGAUUUGCAGGGUAUCUACAAUAACUAUGACUUUCUCUUGCCUCCUGCCUGUUACAGAUCUUGACCGGAUUGCUUCUCAGAUGGACCCAAAAGUCAUUCCAGGGUUCCUUUUUGGAACAUCCCUCCUUGUAAUAAUGCUUUUGUCAUAUACCAGUGCAGAAGUAAAGAUGACCAUUAACGCUAAUGAUGCUGACUACAGACUUCUAACAAAGCCAGGCCUGACUCAGUCCCUCUGGUGCGCUGUACAGAAUCACAGCCAAGACGAGGAGUUGCUGUGGCUCCGGCAGGAUGGGACUGUUGCCCUGAAAGAUGGAAAUCGAGUGAAUGCCAGCAAGAUCUGCGUCUCCCCUGUCUCUAUGGACGACAAUGGGGUUUCCUUUACCUGCAAGCUGGCCCGAGAUGAGUCCAUCCAGAUCUCUGUGGUAUUGGAUGUCAGAUUCCCUCCAACCCUAAGUGGAGAAGAUCCUCCCUCAGUACUAGAAGAUAAUGAGGUGACACUCAGCUGCCAUGUGAAGGCUAACCCUCCAGCUCAGAUGGUAUGGUAUAAAGACAACAGUACCUUGGUUUUGGACCCCGACCGUCACCAAAUUUUCCAGACCAGCCAGCUCUUUCAGCUGAAGAUCGAAAAAGUCCAGGAAUCUGAUGGUGGGAUAUACACAUGCGAGGCCAGAUCUUCCCUGGAAACAGCAAGGAAAGAUUUUAAUUUGACUGUGGAAGCUGGAAGACUUGCCUUUCCGUUGGAGGCUGUCAUUGCUGCAGCAGUGGUGGUUGCCCUCACUAUCCUCUUUGCUGUUGUGGCUCGAAGAGAGGCGAUACUUAAGGUGAAGGAAUUCUCAUCUUGGCACAACAUAAGAACCUUCCUCUAUAGCUGUCACGGGCUGCAGAUCCUUCCAUGGGUGUCCUUGGUUCAAAUGCCUCCGUGA